AUGUUAAAGGGUACCAUCAUUGAUUGUUUGGGGCCAGAGCGUUCAGCCGCCGUGGCAUCAAGAGGAAAAUGGUGUGGAUGUCUAUCAGGAACGAGCCAUGGAAAUCAUGGAAACCAUGGCGAAUGUUCCCUACAUUCUUCAUACAAAGCGGAUCCAGCUAAAAUUGUCAGAGUGAAAAAAAUACCGACAACUACGAGACGAACGCUUUUUUUGCCAAAUCCUCUGGAGACAAAGGAACUGGAAAAAAUGAGUUCAUCAUUCCUUACAACGGAGAAAUCAUCAUUUCUAUUCCUGAGCUUCAAAUUCGAAUACAAGGAAAAUGGUGAAACACAUACGUACCCGUUCAAAACUGGUCGUAGGUUUUACAUCGAUCCUACAAAAUGUGGAAACUCCGCUCGAUUUGCCAAUCAUAGUUGUGAGCCAAACAUGAUUGCGAAGAAAUGGAUGGCCAACAAUCGAAAGGAAGGAUUCAAAGCGAUUGGGUUCGUCGCUAACAAGGAUAUCAGAAAGGGUGCUGAACUCACCAUCAACUACGGGAAACGAGUCAGAGAUGUCUCCGUGGGAAGAGAAAAUGCAAAGGAUGGAUUGGCAUGA